CUUUACUCUCCCACUACCGCUCCUCCCUCCAUUGUCAAAUACAACCACCUUCAAUUACCUUCUAUCAUUCAUAUUUCCUACUCACCACUCCUUUCAAUGGACACUUCCGACCAACAAUCCACAAAACAGCUAAGAGAACACCUCCAACACCACCAAGAGCCUUUUUCGUUGCAGAGCUACCUCAUCGAGAGAAGUUACAUGUUCAAGAACUUCAGCAGCUCUGAGAGUACCAACAUUCACCACCUUUAUUCAGCCAAGAAUCUGAAAUGGUCCAUCAAGUAUGAUUUACACAAGAUAAGGAAACGGCUACUGCAUGCUACAGGGAUACUAAGAUCACUACUACACAACUUCAUCCCCACAGAAGACAACCAGGAGUUCUCAAACUGGAAAGAAGAGGACAACAGUGAUCUGUAUUAUGUGCAUGAAUAUUUAACAGCACACACUCAGGCAACUCAACAAACAAGUUCACUGAAAACAUUGGCCAUGUCUCAUCAUUUUACAAACAAUGAUGCUCCUCCCCACAAGGUUUUGCCCGCGAAUAUGUUUCAGACAUUCACACUCCCCCAAUUAAAAAGAUCAGAGGUUGACGCAGGAACCAAACCAUAUUGGAUGAGCUCAAAGGAGAAUAGUAGAGGACCAAAAUGGAAAGCACCGUUACCCAAUGCAGUGUGUCACUUAAAAAGUUCAGAGGAGCAGGUAACAGCUGUUGCAACUUUGUCUCAGAAACUUGUUAGAGACUAUGUAAGAAAGCUAGCGGCGAGCUCAAAUAUUUUGAAAUUGAGACGUGCAAAAAAAGACAAACUACAGGAUAUGGUCGAGACGGCUUCUUUGUGCGGAAGAAACAGAAGGAGCCUGGAAAAGAGGGAGCAGCUACGGUUUGACCAUGUAGAAAAAGACAAAGGGUUUCAUAAAAAUGAAGGUAAAAGUGUGUCAAGCAAAGCAGUUUCAGAAGCUGAGGGGUUGCAGAAUAUCAUACAUGAGCAUUUUAACGUGUUGGAGAAACAAUACAGAGAAGGCAAAAAGAUCAGGCACCUGCUGCAUGCAGAGUCCUGUGUGAUAUCAGAAGAGUGGAAAAGCUUCCAAAUCGUAAAUUUGGAGAUAUGCAUGGAGAUAGGAGAUUCAAUCACGGACGACAUUGUAAGCGAAAUAAUCGAUUUAUUUUAAGCAGGCCAUGCCCAUGUAACAUGUUCACUGGAACUGUACUUUGCUUGGUUUAGUUUUAGCAUCACUCUUGAAUCUACUUGC